AUGCAGCAACUGCAGCAGCAGCAGCAGCAGCAGCAGCAGCAGAAGAGGUGCAACAACAAGAGGCAGCAGCAACAGCAACAGCAAGAGCAACUGCAACAGGCACGACACCUCUUUGUGGCCUUACCCAUCCUCCCCAGACCGCUUGACGUCUCCUGGAUGGCCCAGCUGGAUGCAGUGCAGCAUCCUGGUGGUGCUGCUUCACUGUGGUGCAUGCUUAAUAUGUGGUCGCUGCCCUCGCCCACACAAGCUCAGGGGCAGCAACAACGUAACGAACACCAUCAGCCAGUGGCCAACGGCCAAUGGUCCCACAGCCCAGCAUCACAGCAUCCCAGCAUCCCAGCAUCCCAGCAUCACAGCAUCCCAGUAUCCAAGCGACCCAACUUUCCACCGGGAGGCGAGUGA